AUGGCUCCACCUCCGCCACCAGCAGCUCAGAUGGCUCCACCUCCUCCACCAGCAGCUCCGCAGGAGCCCAUUCCAGGGGUAGAUGUUCAUCCAGACUUGCGGGUGCCUCCUCAUGCACCAUACGCAAGAUAUACAGUGGAGGAUUUGCUUUCCGCGCCUGGACGGGAGGGUAUGGACGUUUUGGACCCCGAUAGACCGCCGGGUACUUAUUGGUUUGGGGCCAACAACCGUGUUUCCCGGAGCGUUUCAAAGACGAUGAAGGGAUACCUCGACGGAGCUUAUCCAAACUGGAGCUUGACUCCAGAUCACGUCAAGACCACUUGGUUUAAUCAGUUUGCGGUGGAAUUGGUCCUUAGGAAUCACCGAAAUGGUGAAGAAGGAGUUCGAGGCAAAGGCGAAGACUCGCCUUACCAACACGGUCUCGGAUUGGAAGGAUAA